AUGAACUAAUACUCUCCCUAGAAUAUAUUCCGUUGCAACCAAUUUCUGUGAACUCUUCUUAUUUCAGAACACACAAGAUGAUCAAUCCGCGAAGGUCAGUGAGCGAUUCCCGAGAUUCCCGUCAAAUAAUUGCGUUUUCCGAGGCCAGACUUGUUCUGCUCGAAACCAGUGCUUACCUAGAACUAGAAAAGCCAGCCUUGAGCCGGGCAGAUGAGCCCUUCAAGUGCGGAUUUUGUUCCAAGACCACUUCUCAUGAACACGAGUUCAAUGGUCGGGUCAAAUUUAGUGGCAAGGAGAAUAAAUACAUGAUCUCCUUCAUCAAGACCACCCCACCUCCCAAGCGAUGCAGAGAGCCCUUACAAAUAGUUCCGGUUCCUAAAAAGCCCAAGUCAAUAAUAGACCAACACGCAGCCGCACAAUCCAAUUCCAAGAUCUAUCCUCUCAUAGUUCAAAGUGAGUUGGAAGCGUUGGAGUUGCUCAAGAGCCUCGUUCGGAGUUUCGAAGACAAUGCCGGAUCUUCUGAUGGGAAGAAAGUGGCUGCUGUGAGAGUGGGUGAGGAUGAGGUGAUUCAUCUGGUGAAACAAAGUCCUACCAAGUCUGUGUUGAAGGUCAAGAAAUGCCAGAUAUGUUCCAACAAAGAGGGUGGAUAUUCCAUUCAAGACUUGGACGAAUUCUACGAUCACGUUCAAGAGAACCAUAAGAAUCGCGUGGUUUUACGCAAGAUCUCAUGUCCCACAGCGAUUGUGCCUCAGGAACGGGAAAUGUUCCAAUUUCCUUGUGACAAGUGCGAUGAGAUCUUCGAGAGCGACGACGAGAGGAUUAAGCAUUGCAAUGUGGAGCAUGCCUCCAAAAACGAGAUCCAAUACCAAUGCAUUUCUUGCUUGCAGAUGUUCGCCACCAAAACCACGUUUCAUCAACACCUUCAUACUCACACGAAAGAUCCCACAAGGAGCCAUGUAUGUAAUAUUUGUUCCAAGGCUUUUGUCAAAGUCCAACACUUGAGGGAUCAUCAUCUUAGUCACACCGGAGCCAAACCGUUUCCUUGCCAGAAAUGCGACAAGCGCUAUACCACUGCCUAUUCGCUCAAGUUUCACGAGAUCAACGUUCACGGAGAAGGAGAAAAACCAAAAUGUCAGUAUUGUGAUAAAUCGUUCUACAACACAUCCCAAGUGAACAAGCACAUCAUGCGGAUUCAUCUUCGGGAUUCUCGACUUCAUUGUCAGAUCUGUCAGAAGUUCUUCCUCCGUAAAGACAAUCUGGAGGAGCAUCUUAAAAACGUACAUGGAAAACAUUCGGAGAGUCUCAAGUGCAAAGUCUGCGGCCUCUAUCGCGCUAGUCAGAAAUCCCUGGAAGACCACAUGCAAAACGAUCACGGGCUCUUGCCGUGGAAUACCCUCUCUCAAGGGUCUGGAAAGGCUCCUGGGCCAAGGGUAGACAUUGCCAAGGAGAUGAAGGGCCACUUGAAGUGCAAGAUUUGCGAGCACAAUUUCUUACCUGCCGAGAUGGAGAGUCAUCUGAGAUUCAGUCAUGGCGUGAUGCCGGUCAAACCGGGGGCCUUGAGCGAUUUCUCAGUAUCGGAAGCGGCGGAGGUUUUGCUCCGAAACUUGACACCCCAACCCGAUUAUCUCUUGCGAUGCUUGACGCCUUUGCCUAUGGAGAUCUUGGACGAUUUCAUCGGCCAAUAAAUGGGGGUUAUU